AUGUCGCCGGACGGCAAGCUCAAAACAGGAGACAGCCUCUUGAGCGAGUUCCUCUCGGACGUGCAGACGAUUCGGUACUCAGAAUUGGCGUCGAGCACUAUCAUUAUUUUCGACCACCUAUUGACGCUUGAUCAGGAGUAUAACUUGAUUUGGACCGCACCAUGGUCCAUUGGAAAAUGUCUGUUCUUGUUUAACCGGUACUAUACGCUCCUUACAGUCAUCUUCAACAAUUUCGGUGGGAAUAUGCCUGUCCGCCAUGGAGACCCGUCGCUGAUGGUCGCGAUGGUCCUUUCCUGCCUCAACUGGUACAGAUGGCAAGGUUGGACGGGCGUUACCUCGUUCAUCAUCGCCGAGCUCAUUCUACUCCUUCGGCUCUAUGCCCUUUACUUCCUCAACAAGCGCGCGCUCGUCUUCAUGGCCUGCACGUCGCUCGUCGCUUUUGCAGCUAGCGCGGGUAUAAUGGGAAGCCUUCUCGCAAAAAUAACUGCGACGGCACAUCCCUUCCCAACGCACCCCACACCGUAUUGUGCGGCGUCGGGCCUUUCUGCAUCUGCAUAUGCGUUCUGGAUUCCCAUGCUCAUCUCCGAGUGCGUUCUCUGCGCGCUCGCGGUAAGCCGUUUCGUUCACAUGCACCACACGCGCGCCGGCGCAACGCUCUUCCAGAAUGGGCGCAGGCUUGUGGUGGCCCUCAUAAGGGACAGCGUCUGGUAUUUCGUCGUGAUGUUUGCCACGUACCUCGCGAACACAAUCGUCUUCGUCGUUGGCACUGCGACAGAGAUCGAGAUCCCCAUAGGCUUCUCGGUCGCGUUCGCUUGCGUGCUGGCGAACCGGCUGUGCUUAAAUGCGCGCGGGAUGGUACGCCGCGAGCGCUCUGGCUCAUCAUCUGAUUCAACAUCAGAGUCUUACAUGACGCCCGAGUACGUCUCCUCACCUCGUGCGAUUCUACAACGUCCCUACGACUCCGUCGAGGACUGGGAGGAGGGCGCGUACGAGAAUGAGGAAGGGGAUCUUGACUAUGGGUAUGGCGGGAGUGGGUACGACGGGCAGUCCUCUAGACGACACAUCAUGAGCGAUACAACGCCGACUCGCUCGCCAGUCACGGCGGAGGUCGAGGGCGGCGAAAGGCUGGACGCGAUACAGAUGCGGGAGCUGCGGCGAAUGCGGAGCACGCGCGAGCGGGGAUAUGGCCUGGGAGCCCGGUGGGCGGAGGGCCUACGGGCAGGUCGGGGGAAGCGAGAGGGCAUCGGCGAAGAAAGUCAUGCGGAACGGGAAGGCGUCGGAUUGGCCACUAUAUGA